ACACUUCCCAUUUUUGUAGUCACUCAAGAUCCUUAAUUUGGAUUUAAACACCACGAAAGAUGGUGUGGGUGGGUUCAAGAGAGCCUUAUUUCUUGACCUGUGCUGAGAGCUUAAAGCUUGAGCUUCUGCUCCUCCAACCAAGUCAUCGUUAUCCCCACUCCUACAGAGUCUCCCACUGACAAUCUCCCCCUCAAGAAUCGCCUCAAGCUCCGGAAGCAAAGACCCUUUUCGUUUAAGAGGCAUAUAAUAUGUUUUAAGCGCUCUGAAGGGUGUUGUUUUGAGUUCUUUUCACGCGAGUGAUAGAGACAGAGACCUGUCAGUUGGUACUAGCGGAGUUCAGCUAGUUUCGGCUGAAAGCAGCUUCUGGGUUUUCUGGUUUCUUGGAGGCUGCAAGAACAGAUUUUUUUUUAGUGUUCGAGGGAGAGAGAGAAAUGGAGGACAAGAGUGAUGCAGAGAAGGUUGAUGAUGUGAUGCUGCCUGGGUUCAGGUUUCAUCCCACUGAUGAAGAGCUCGUUGGGUUCUAUCUCAGGAGGAAGAUUCAGCAGCGGUCACUCCCCAUUGAGCUCAUCAAGCAAGUUGACAUCUACAAAUAUGAUCCUUGGGAUCUUCCAAAAUUGGCAACUACUGGUGAGAAAGAGUGGUACUUCUACUGCCCCAGAGACCGCAAAUACAGGAACAGCGCGCGUCCAAACAGGGUCACUGGAUCCGGGUUCUGGAAGGCGACCGGGACUGACCGGCCUAUCUACUCCUCCGAUGGUACCAACUGCAUCGGCCUCAAGAAGUCCCUCGUGUUCUACAGAGGCCGAGCUGCCAAAGGCAUGAAAACAGACUGGAUGAUGCAUGAGUUCCGCCUCCCUUCCAUUGCCGACUCAGCUCCUCCUAAGAAGUUCUUGGACAAGAACAUUCCUCCAAAUGACUCAUGGGCUAUCUGUAGGAUAUUCAAGAAAACCAAUUCCAUGGCACAGAGAGCUCUAUCACACUCCUGGGUCACUCAAAUACCUGAACCUAUCGGAUCUGAUCUGCUCGGCCAUGGUGCGCAGUACUCUCACUUCAGCUCAGAGAAUAUUUCCUGCACCACAGAGAUUGGAUCGGCCAUCCACCAUCCAACUUCUGCUAGCUUCAAUUCCAUGGACGUUCAAUCCUACAGGCCCAUGUUAUACCCGCCGGUCUCUAAAGCCUCAACUCUCACCAUCUCAAAUGGCGAUCUCCCGAGCGCCUUCGUCUUCUCACCCCUUGAUGUGCCACCAGGACCCACCAAGUGCAUGGCUGACACAUCCUCAAUGCUCAUGUGCCCUUCCUUGAUGGGCGGAGAUGUCAACAAGGCCUCCGAGAGCAUAAGCUUCGAAGGGUCGCAUCAAUUCAGUGGCUUCUCAAUAGGUCUGCCCCAGGAGAUGCAAGGAAACGUUGGUGGUGAAGAGGAGGCAGCCGGACUGAAGAAGAAUUCUGGUAUGGUCCAUGUGAAUAACCAGUGGCCAGUGACCACACGAUCGAUGGGCUUUCCCUUCAGCUUGCCAUCUAACAUGCCCUGGGACUCGCCUCCGUGUCCUAGUGAGAUGUCCACUGCUUUCUCGACGAACAAAUGCUACAAUUGAUUGAUCGGGAGGAGCAUUAUACGUAGAGAUAGCUGCUUUUUUCGUGUUUGGGGCAAAUGCUUUGGAGCUUAUCUCAGGAAUAUCAUCCAUCAUUGCUGUUUUAUGUACAGUGUCUUAGGCUCCUGUUACACUUGUUAGCGUCAUUAUUUUCCAA